CGCUCAGCCCCGGCCAAAACGCGGAUCCCAAGCCCUGAUUGGCGGAUCCGCGGCGGGACGCAGCCUCGCCGAGCGCCCGGCGCUGCCAUGGGCGAGGAGGCGGCUCAGCCCCGGCGGCCCGGGGUCGGCGUGGGGGUGGUGGUGACCAGCGCCGCGCACCCCAACUGCGUCCUGCUGGGCAAGCGGAAAGGCGCGCUGGGCAACGGCACCUACCAGCUCCCCGGAGGCCACCUGGAGUUCGGGGAGAGCCUGGCGGAGUGCGCGGCGCGGGAGACGCUGGAGGAGGCGGCGCUGCGGCUGCGCCACGUGCGGUUCGCGUCGGCCGUGAACGCCGUGUGCGCGUCCCAGCGCUACCACUAUGUCACCGUGCUCAUGAAGGGCGAGGCCGAGCCGGGCGCCGAGCCGCGCAACCAGGAGCCCGACAAGAACGAGGGCUGGGAAUGGGUCAAAUGGGAUGAAUUUCCUCCAGCAGAUCAACUGUUCUGGGCCUUACGCUGUUUAAGAGAGCAAGGUUACAAUCCCUUUUCAGAAGAGCUGGAUCAUCUAAAGGGGUACACAGGAAGUCACCAAUUGGAGUAAAAACUAAUUGAUUUGUACAUGUUGGUCACAGGUGACAGGAUUGCUGACAGCAAUGUUUGAAAGAUUACUUGAGCAAAGGAGGAAUAACCUGAUUCAUCAGAUACUUCCUCUGAGGAAUCCACAAAAUGGAAAAGGGAAGAGAAUUGUGAUCUGUGCUGCAGGAAACCGUGCUGCAGGACAGAAACCUUUAACUGCCAGAAGCAACAGUUCACAUGAGUUUUGAAAUUUUAUCAGAGAGUUACCUAAGAGAAAAGCAGCUGUCAUAAAAUGACUCCUUAAGCAAAACAGAACAAGGAAAGGAAAGCCAAGGGAAGUGCUUUUGGAAAGACAAAAUAACAUUGCAGCUGAUGCAGGAAAUGCAACUGCUAAAGUAAAUUAAUUAGUAGGUUCAAAGAAGUGAAAAAAUAUAGAU